GUGUGUAAAUAUAUAUAAACAAAUGAARAUAUCUAUGAAUUUCUAUACAUAUCACUGUGAAACAAGAGCGGCGAGAGGAAAAUGUACCAUCAGGGCUGGUCUCUGAUUGUGUGAURGUAUACAAUAUUUUCAAUAUUAUCUUCUUUUAUCWUCUACGUCAAGAGGAAGGAAGACUACGUACUCAUUUUUUGUUUUCCUGUUGCUACUUCCCCCUCCUCGCUCUUUUUUUUGUCAUUUGAGGGGAAUGAAGAGAGGAGAGUAACAAGAUUUGGAGAAAAAGGGAAAAUCUGUCGAAUUGCUGUGAUUAGUGUUAUUURCGUCGGUAUUAGCGCUCUGCGAGCCGAUCGCAGCGUGCUGCGUGUGAUCUGAGGAGGCAGCAGAGAGAAAGUGCCACACCACGCCGCUCAGCGCCAGCCCAGCGCCAGCCCAGCACCAGCCCAGCCAGCAUGCACAAACACCACCACUGCUGCAAGUGCCCAGAAUGUUACGAGGUGACCCGCAUGGCCGCCCUGCGCAGGAUGGACGCCCCUCAGUACCAAGAAUGGCAGGCCGAGCCCUAUGGAUACCCGGCCGGGUACGGGCCCGGAGGCGGGCAGACCUUACCCCAGCCUCCAGUCUCAGGGGGAGGAGGAGGAGGAGGCAUGGGAGGAGGAGGGGGCACUCUGGGGAGAAGUAAGGGCAAGAUGACGUCUGCUGGGGGUCCCGGAGGCCCAAACCCCAAGGGCCAAUCCAAGGGCGGCACCAAGGUGAAUGGCAACAAUUCUGGUGGUCAAGCAGGUUGGUGGCCGGAGUGCACCUGUUCCAACCGGGAGUGGUACGACCAGGCGAACCCUCCCCCUGUCAUCGUCAACGCAGACUCACUGGAUGCAGGCCCUUAUGUAAAUGGCAGUGAUGGGAUGUAUAAAUAUGACGAGAUCAUCUUGGAAAGGGGUAACUCUGGCCUGGGCUUCAGAUCAUUCGCUGGGAGGGAAUUGGACAAUCCUACAUAUCCAGAUGACCCAGGAAUCUUCAUCAACCAAGAUCAUCCCGGAGGAGCUGAAGCUAUGGACGGCAGCUGGGGUAAGGUGAAUGACUGUGUGCUGCGUGUGAACGAGGUGGAUGUGUCUGAGGUGGUCCACAGCCGGGCGGUAGAGGCCCUGAAAGAGGCUGGCCCUGUGGUCAGGCUGCUGGUCAGGAGAAGACAGGCCCCUCCUGAGACCAUCCUGGAGAUCAACCUGCUCAAGGGGCCCAAAGGCCUUGGCUUCAGCAUCGCUGGGGGGAUCGGCAACCAGCACAUCCCUGGAGACAACAGCAUCUACAUCACAAAGAUCAUCGAGGGUGGGGCCGCGCAGAAAGACGGACGGCUGCAGACCGGAGACCGCCUGCUAGCUGUGAACAACAUCAUCCUGCAGGACGUGCGUCACGAGGAGGCGGUGGCGGCGCUGAAGAACACCUCUGACAUGGUCUACCUCAAAGUGGCCAAGCCCGGACCCGUGCACCUCAACGACAUGUAUGCCCCUCCGGACUACUCCAGCACCUUCCCCACCAUGGUGGACAACCACGUCAGCCACAACUCAGGCAUGGCCUACAUGGGAGCUAUGGAGCCCAAGCCCGUCUACAGCCAGCCCCCCCAGGUCACGCCCUCCAGGUACUCCCCAGACCCCCGUCACAUGCUGGGGGAAGAAGACUUCACCAGGGAGCCGCGGAAGGUGCUGCUGCACAAGGGCUCUACGGGGCUGGGCUUCAACAUCGUGGGCGGCGAGGAUGGAGAGGGCAUUUUUGUCUCCUUCAUCCUGGCUGGAGGACCAGCAGACCUGAGCGGAGAGCUCAGAAGGGGAGACCGCAUCCUCUCGGUGAAUGGGGUGAACCUGCGGAACGCCACCCACGAGCAGGCAGCUGCAGCGCUGAAGAGGGCCGGCCAGACGGUCACCAUCAUCGCCCAGUACCGACCAGAAGAGUACAGCCGGUUUGAGUCCAAGAUCCACGACCUGAGGGAACAGAUGAUGAACAGCAGCAUGAGCUCUGGGUCGGGCUCCCUGCGCACCAGCGAGAAACGCUCCCUCUAUGUCAGAGCUCUGUUUGACUACGACCGGACCAGAGACAGCUGUCUGCCCAGCCAGGGCCUGAGCUUCUCCUAUGGGGACAUCCUGCAUGUCAUCAACGCCUCCGAUGACGAGUGGUGGCAGGCGCGCCUGGUCACGCCCCACGGGGAGAGCGAGCAGAUCGGGGUCAUUCCAAGCAAGAAGAGGGUGGAGAAGAAAGAGCGAGCGAGGUUAAAAACAGUCAAGUUCCAUGCCAGGACGGGCAUGAUCGAGUCCAACAGGGACUUCCCAGGGUUAAGCGAUGACUUUUAUGGAUCAAAGAGUUUGAAAUGCCUGACGUCAAACACCAGCGACAGUGAAAGCAGCUCAAAGGGCCAGGAAGACACAAUUCUCUCAUACGAGCCAGUGAUUCGACAGGAGAUUCAUUACACGAGGCCUGUGAUCAUCUUAGGCCCAAUGAAAGACCGAGUUAACGAUGACCUGAUUUCAGAGUUCUCGCACAAGUUUGGCUCCUGCGUUCCUCACACGACACGUCCGCAGCGGGAGAACGAGAUGGACGGCCAGGACUACCACUUUGUGGGCUCGCGGGAGCAGAUGGAGAAGGACAUUCAGGAUAAUAAGUUCAUUGAGGCGGGCCAGUUCAAUGAGAACCUCUAUGGGACCAGCAUCUUGUCUGUCAGAGCAGUGGCCGAGAGGGGAAAACAUUGUAUCCUGGACGUGUCUGGGAACGCUAUAAAGCGACUGCAACAAGCACAACUUUAUUCGAUUGCAAUUUUCAUCAAACCAAAAUCCAUUGAAGCUCUUAUGGACAUGAAUAAGAGACAGACUUACGAACAAGCUAAUAAAGUCUUUGAUAAAGCAAUUAAGCUUGAACAAGAGUUUGGAGAAUUUUUCACAGCCAUUGUACAGGGUGAUUCGCUAGAGGAGAUCUACAACAAAAUCAAGAUGAUCAUUGAGGAACAGUCGGGCCCUUACAUCUGGAUACCUUCUUCAGAGAAGCUCUGAGCUCCCAGCUGUACCCCUCUGUCGGCGCAGAGCCCCCCUCCCGACACCCUGCCCGUCCCCCGAAGAGCUCCUCCCUCCCCCUUUUUUGCAGAUAUGUUUCAUAUCAAGUUUUAGUGUCAUCAUUAUGUUAAUCUCAAAUGAAAACAAGUCUUAUCACCAUUUCUGUGACUGUGCACACCCCUGCAUGAGUUUCUCAGCAAAUCCAUUCAAGACUGGAAAUGCCAUUUCAAAUGAAUUUGUCAUUUUAAAACAAAACAAGGGAAAGGCAAAAUGAAUCGUUCUUUGUGAAAUGGGACUGACAGUUGAAGAUCAGAAUGUUUUACAGACGACGCUGGAGUGAGGAGGAGUUAGGGAUUCAGGAGAAGUUGCAGGGGAAGGGAGACCAAUCAUACAAGUUGGAACACUGUAAAUGUUCAUCAAAUCACAUUUUAAAAAAAGACACGCAAGAUGAGAAGCAAAGACCACUUAGGGUUUUUUUCUACAAGGACUGGAUAAUAUCAAGCCCAGCUGAUGGUACUGUUGGAGUUAUCGCUCUUCUUUGUAAUUACUGAAGAAAUUGGUGGAGAAGCCUACAGACUGGUGAUCUACCAGCUUGCUGUUUGAUCAGCUGAUACAGACCUCUUGGGAGGCAGAACCAAUGGAAGAAAUUAGUUAUGAAUCUCUACAUUUAUAUAAUGAAAUCACAAGGUAAAUUAUCAAAUCCUACUGCGAUUUUACUACAUAUUAAAAACUACACGUUUUACACUUCA